GCGGGGUGGGCCGGGGACGCGAGGCGGAGCGGGGCCCCACACAGGCCGCGGCGGCUGGCUCGGGCCCCUACGGUCCCGGCGGCGGCUGGAGGAGGAAGCCAGGCGGCUGGAGGAGGAGGGGAGGCGGAGGAGACCGAGGCCGAAGCGCCGCUUGCUGAAGACUCACUUCCCCGGCUCAGCAGGGAAAGGUUCCUAGGAGGCGAGUGCGGACGGCAUGCAAAGUUGUGACUCCAGUGGCGACAGCACGGAUGACCCUCUCAGUCGUGGCCUGCGGAGAAGGGGACAGCCUCGUGUCGUGGUGAUCGGCGCCGGCUUGGCUGGCCUGGCUGCGGCCAAAGCGCUUCUGGAGCAGGGCUUCACCGAUGUCACUGUGCUAGAAGCAUCCAGCCGCAUCGGAGGCCGUGUACAGAGCGUGAACCUUGGACACGCCACCUUUGAGCUGGGAGCCACUUGGAUUCAUGGCUCCCACGGGAACCCUGUAUACCAUCUAGCAGAAGACAACGGGCUCCUGGAAGAGACAACCGAUGGGGAACGCAGCGUGGGCCGCAUCAGCCUCUACUCCAAGAAUGGCGUGGCCUGCUACCUUACCAACCGUGGCCAGAGGAUCCCCAAGGACGUGGUUGAGGAAUUCAGUGAUUUAUACAACGAGGUCUAUAACAUGACCCAGGAGUUCUUCCGGCAUGGUAAACCAGUCAACGCUGAGAGUCAGAACAGCGUGGGGGUGUUCACCCGGGAGCAGGUGCGCAGCCGUAUCCGGGACGACCCCGAUGACCCGGCGGCCACCAAGCGCCUGAAGCUCGCCAUGAUCCAACAGUACCUGAAGGUGGAGAGCUGUGAGAGCAGCUCUCACAGCAUGGAUGAGGUGUCCCUGAGUGCCUUUGGGGAGUGGACCGAGAUCCCCGGCGCCCACCACGUCAUCCCCUCAGGCUUCAUGCGGGUCGUGGAGCUGCUGGCUGAGGGCAUCCCAGCCCACGUCAUCCAGCUGGGAAAGCCCGUCCGAUGCAUUCACUGGGACCAGGCCUCAGCCCGCACCCGGGGCCCCGAGAUUGAGCCCCGCGCCGAGGGUGACCACAACCACGACACUGGGGAGGGCAGCCAGGGCGGGGAGGGCCCCCAGGGCAGGAUCAGGGGCGGAGUGCAGGAUGAGGACAAGUGCUGGCCAGUGAUGGUGGAGUGUGAGGACUGUGAGGUGGUCCCAGCAGACCACGUGAUUGUGACCGUGUCCCUGGGCGUGCUCAAGAGACAGUACCCCAGCUUCUUCCGGCCAGGCCUGCCCUCCGAGAAGGUGGCUGCCAUCCACCGCCUGGGCAUCAGCACAACCGACAAGAUCUUUCUGGAAUUCGAGGAGCCCUUCUGGGGCCCCGAAUGUAACAGCCUGCAGUUCGUGUGGGAGGACGAGGCUGAGAACUGCACGCUCACCUACCCGCCCGAGCUCUGGUACCGCAAGAUCUGCGGCUUUGACGUGCUCUACCCGCCCGAGCGCUACGGCCACGUGCUCAGUGGCUGGAUCUGCGGGGAGGAGGCGCUUGUCAUGGAGAGGUGUGACGACGAGGCCGUGGCCGAGAUCUGCACCGAGAUGCUGCGGCAGUUCACAGGGAACCCUAACAUUCCCAAGCCACGGCGAAUCCUGCGCUCGGCCUGGGGCAGCAACCCCUUUUUCCGAGGCUCCUAUUCCUACACGCAGGUGGGCUCGAGUGGCGUGGAUGUGGAGAAGCUGGCCAAGCCCCUGCCCUACACGGAGAGCUCCAAGGCAGCGCCCAUGCAGGUGCUGUUCUCAGGGGAGGCCACCCACCGCAAGUACUACUCCACCACGCACGGUGCUCUGCUCUCGGGCCAGCGGGAGGCCGCCCGCCUCAUCGAGAUGUACCGAGACCUCUUCCAGCAGGGGCCCUGAGGGCUGUCCUCACUGGCCAGCGCGUCUCCUCCGCCACUAACUCGUGACCACCUGGCCCUGUUCUCUGCUGCUGUGGACUCCUAAUUUCCUAACCCUCUAUAGAAUGGGUUUUUAAUCUUCUGUAGACACGUCGACACCCCGCCAGGCUCAGACCUGGCCCUGUAGCUUUUCCUUCUCUCCCGGCCAGGCUGUGACCCCGGGUGUCCUGGUGGUGGCUCUCUGCCUUCCCUACACUGCCUCCCUCUCCCCGCUUGUCACUGCAAGUGCCUUCAGUACUUUCAUUUUGGGAUAAUAAACGAGGCCGCUCUUCCUGCGUGCCUCAGCU